CCCCGGAUCAUUGCGGGCGCCAUCUUCGACGCAACGACGGUGUUUUUAAGCAAAAUGAACCUCAGGAGACGCUGAAAAGUCUGUCCUCUUGCCUGGGAAGCAGCGUUAAACAUACUUAAUCACGGUAAGCGAGUGAAUUGUAAAAUCGCAGGCGUUGAAACGUUAUAAAACAAGUCAUUGCAAAUGCAACUCUGCCCUUCGAGCGGAGGCUACAUUUUUGGCUUUGUGAGCUGUGUCGUGCGAAGCUUUUCGCACUCCAGCUCACGCAGCGAAAAUGUAGCCUUUGCUCGCAGGGUAAUGCAACUCCAGCAAGUUGUGGAAAUGCCAUUCUGCUUUUAAUUCGUUUAUUUGAAAAAUAUUCGUGGCAAAAUGGCCUCACACUAGUUUUCUAAAGUGAAAGGGUGUCAUCUGCGGGUGGAAGCCAUCUCGUUUAUUAAUUUUAUAAGAUUGUUGUAGUUGUGGCAUGUGUCGGGUAUUUGUCAUCUUGUCGGUCCCUGCGGUGGGAAAAAAAAGAAAACCUCUGCCCGGGGGGUGGGGGAUUUGUCAAUUCUUCUAGAAGCAGUUAACAUCAUUCCUUUAUCAAUAUUUCACAUUAUGUGCAUAUUUAUAUGCUUAUUUAGAUAGCUAUAGAUAUUUCUAAUAUAUAGAUUGAGCCAGGGCUAAAAGUGAAACCUCCGAUUCGUUUAUAUACUUGUAAUAUACAUGUGUAAGCAAUUAAAUUUAAGGUAAUAAACUCUAAGCCACUAAUUAAAAAUGAAAUCUUCAAAUCCCCACUUGAGCACCUUUGAGAGAGGGGUUAAAUGAUUAAGAAACACACCUGAAAUUUAAAAAACUCUCCCAGCAAGCUAUGAAAGGCAUAUUCAGCACAAAAAAUCACAACAAAAUCACAAAAAAUCACUAUGCAUCAAGUUCAAUCACAAUAGUACAUGUAGAUCAAUCACAAUAGCUAGGUGUUGGGGGUUAAUUUUGUCCUUGGUUUAAAUUUUAUUUUCCUUUGUUUUUGGGUAUGGUAAUGUAUGUUAACCCAUUCGCCCCUGAACCGCCCAUAACCGCCCAUGCGGAUCCAGGACCUUUCUACCCUUUGUGACGUCAUCAGGUUUAACGGUCAAGGACAACUUUCUUCGCUAACUUGUGCAGAGUGAAGAGAUCUUUCAAACCAUACCAGAAUGAGCACAAUUCAGUCAAGGACACCAGAGAAAGAAGCAAAAAACCACGUGACAAGGACCUGAAAAUCUCCAUGAAAAUCUUGUUCCAUUACCCACCUACCUUUCCUUUCACCUAAUCCUAAGAUCCUAAAAGCUUUCCUAAAAACUCUUCCCACCAAAACGAAGCCUACUAACUGCCCAGCAAGAGAAAAAAAAAAUGAGGCAAGAAAAGCGAAAAAAGAAGGGAGGAGAGAAAGCGAAAAGUAAAAGUCAAGACUGCUGUGUCACUUUUAAACCCAAAAUUUUGCUUUCUGCGCAUGCCCGAACUUCGCAAGCUGAUAUUUUGCAUCUGGAUCAGAAGGCCGCCAAGUGUACGACCUGUAAACCGGUUUGUGGUAAGUUUUAGCUCUUUAUAGCACGACAGUGACCAGAAAACCACUCGACUAGCUUCAAAACGCGUUUUUCGGCAAAAUCUCCAGGAGCGAAUGGGUUAAUGAGUUUGAAACAAAAGGAAGUAAAAUUUAAACCAAUGAUAAAAUUGAGCUACAACAUAAAUAUUAUCAAACCCCUUAUCAUAACCCUUUACGAAGUUAUAGGUCUCUUCAGAAGCAGCAAUUUACCAGUUAGGAUCAGUAUGUCUGACUUUGAGAGAAGACCGAAAAGAAAAAUCAGCCUGACUUUUGUGUUUCUUUAAGAUGAACAGUUAUGUGACUGUGUACACAUGGUGUAGCUUUACAUUUAUACCUCACAAUAUAUAAUAGAAAUUUUACAUUAGGUACUGUUUGUUUUCUCUGAGGACAGACUUGGGGCAGCAAAUAACUUUUUUUGCUUUUAAUGAAUAAAGUAUAAUUCACACAAACUGUGCGGGAUGUGUACAGGUGUUAUGCAGUGAAGGAAAUUCACUGAGAAACAUACUAUAGAAAUGUGUGAUUUGUAAACUGUAAAUUACAAAAUACAUGUAACAGUACAAAAACUUAAAACUAAAUUCAAUAAGACGAACUCGGGCUUGAAAAGCCAACAAGUCUAUCAUUAGAAGAAAGGAACUUUAGAUACUUUUUGAGUGCAGAUAGAAAGUGUAAACAAAUGCAUCAGACUUCAUUCAAGUGGUAUUCGGGGCACGAGUUAUGGAAAAAAGUAACACAUUGCAGAAUUAUCGAAUGGCAAGUAUGAGUAAGAUUUAAACAAGACCCCCAUAAUGGGGAUACAUUGGUCUGCCGGACUGUGUGACAAUUUGUCAUGCUGUGCCAAAAUUACAUCCUACAAUCCUGGACAAAAGUCCUUGGGACAGUACUGCAAUAUUCAUAUUUUUCUGUCAUUUCUUGGUUCCCUCUUAAAACAGUGCAUCCUUUUCAAAAUUUUCUUGCACUUCUCCCUCUCCCCACCCUAUACAAAGUUGAAACUUGGAAAAAAUUCUGGAUACAUGCGUCCAACAUUGUUUGUGGGGUGAUCAUGAGGGGAGCAGCUGGACCUGUGUGAAUUGGAAAACACCUCAGAAAUGCAAAGUGUCCCAAGACUUUUGUCCAUGAUUGUAGCCUACCACGUAGAUGUUCUUAGGGCUUUGUGAUGCAUUCCUUCCCCAUUGCUUGAUGAGUCAAAAGAAAGUAUGUGUGGGAGGCUAAAAUUGUCCCCCUUUUUUAAAAUUCUACUCUUGGUUAAAGAAAAUAUAAGAGAUUUGAAAUGGCUUCACAGUCUGUUUGAAACAGUACUGCACCUACAAAAUAUUAGCUGGUGAAAGCGUUACCACGGCCUCUGAAGAUCCCUGAAGAAGAUGUUAAGGAGAAGAUAGAGGAACCUACAUAUAUUGUGACAAAUGUCUAGAGCUUUAUUCCCGCAUGUGGCGAUCGAUUGAGUAGUAACGGUAAAGACUUGACCGAACUGGACAAGAUGCUUGAAAAGUCUCCUGCACUUAGGGGAGGCGGAAUUUACAUGAAUGCAGACGUUUGUUUGUGAAAACAUGAUAAAAGAAAGCAGAGAUGUCGGCCCGGACUGAGACUUUGCCGAUUACUUUUUCGAUCUGCGAACUUUUGUGUAUUAAAAAUUCAAUCCUCUUCUUCCCACCGGCGUAUUUUCCAAAUCUUGGAUAAAGUAAAUAGCAUUAUUCAAGUUCAUGGAAUGUCUUCACAACUGUCCUGCGGGGGGGAGGGGGGUACUCCUGGGAAUUCUUAGUGAGGGUGUGCCGCGUGGUUCUUUAAAUCCCGAUCCUAUUUCAGAUCAAAAAUGUCAUUUUUCACACCCGUUUUCAGACCUGUCCCCUAAGAAAUUUAUGUCAUCACUUACACUUAGAUUAGCGCAGAAACACAAAAUACAUAUAUAGAUAUAUAUAUAAAAUCUUUCUCUUUCUUUCUUACUCAUUUGGAAUUGAAAUGAACAAUGCGUUCAUCCACUCCGGUAGUUCCCUUGAAAGCCAUAGCCGAUUCCAGACCAAAAUAGGCAAAGUCUAUACCAGUUUUCAGACCAGAAUGGUGCAAAACCAUCCCCUUUGGGGCAGCACAUACCUUUAUUAUGGCUUAUAUAAGGGAGUACUCCCUCCAGUGACAGCUGUAAAGAUCCAUAUAGUGAAAGACCCCAGAAUAUUUGCAUGUAUCUGGCUUCACGCUGAUUGGCUGUCUGCUAAAACGUGGGUUCAAUUAGGUCAGAAAAGAAAAAUGUAAAAAAAUUGUUUCUUUUUGUCCUCUUCCAAAAGCCUUGAACAAAGAAAUUGUUUGCUAAGACCCAAGAGCUGAUCAUGAAGCUGAAGUUUGUAUUGAUGCUUGUAUGUUUUUAUUUGAUUUUGAUCACCAGCAAAUCUUUGAUACUGCAACGCCCAACACAAGUCAUGCCAGUAAAUUAUAAUAAACAACUCUGAAGUUUCAUGUCACUUGUAUAAGGAUCCUAAAUGGGAUUCAAUUAAUUCAGUCAGUUUUCUAGCCCUAAUCAUUAAACUUAGGAGUAAUUUGCUGUUUGGUGUUCAAACAAUAUUGUUUUGUUCCCCCAGCAUAACUUUUAUCUGAAAUGACCCACCCCUUUUCCUCAAAAAUCAGAAGUUUGGUAACAACCUGAUCUGUCCGCCAUUUUGUCUUUUUGCUGCACAGACAAGGCGGCCUCCAUUUUUUGAUUGGGCAUUGCCCUGAAGGGCAGCCCAAUAAUGGAUAACAAAUCAGUCAUGUCAAUGGUACACGUACAACAACAACAGUUGAGUUUUGUUCAAGAAAGGGGAGUAGCCCGUCCGAACUUUAUCUAAAAAUCUCACAAUCUGUAAUCUAAUGAUUGGGUUUUGAGCUUUUGUUUAAUAUAAAUGGACAAUCAACGGAUAAAUUAUUUCUUGAAAAUUUUUAUUAAAAAACCUAUUAGGUUUUUUAUCCUUAAAAGCAAUUUAACACUAAUUGAAUCAUGGAUCCAUUUACGUAAGUAAAAUCAGGCUGAGCACAUGGUUAAAUUCAAAGUAGAAUCCUUUCCAAAUAGUACACUGUACCUGGUAUUUUCCUUAAGGUAUUCAUAAUUCUUCAUUUCACCCCAGCUCUUUUUGUUUUCACAAUUGCAAUUGCUGAUCAUUCGUAAAAAUGAUGAUUUUCAACUCAUUUAUUGCUCUCAUUGGUUUCAAUUUUGGCACACAAAUAACCGGUUGGCCGUAAUGUUUUCUUGCUAACAAAAGAAAAAUUUCGAGGGCAUUUGUUUAGCUCUUCAUGGGGACAUUCCAAGUUGUGAAUUCUUUGUGGAAACAAAACCAUUCUGUGAAAAGCCCAUUUAAUUGAGUUUUAUGAACAUGUCAGGUAAAUAAAGUAAAGCAAGCCUUACAUGUAAUUUGCAUUUGUAAACAAAAAACUUUUGACCAGUUUCAUCAGUGUAUUUAGGUUAAACAAACAAUAAAAAGAUUUAGCUGUAAAUCUGCCAAACCGAAUUUCAUCACCUUUUACAUGUAUGUGUUGUUGGGAACAGCUUCUUUGAUUAUUUUUUAAAUUUCUUUGUUUGUUACAGUAACAAACCAAAAAGCCAUUUUGCUCAUAACUUGCGCAAGUUUGUCCUAUAAUUCGCUUGGAGGUGAAUACCACUUGAUAUCCCAAGUUUGAGUAGUAAAAUCAGAUUGGCAAUAACAAUAUCCACCUCAAAAAUCUGGGGAAAAAAAACGACUCUUGCCGAUAUUUCGUUUUUAAUUCAAUUCAAUUCAAUUCUUUAUUUGACACUAUAUAAGAUAUUUACAUAAGUGUACGUAGGUAGGAAAAUAAAGUAGCUGACAAAUAAUAAUUAACUAAAAGACUAAUAAUUAUAUGCCUUAUUGUACUUGUAUACUGAGGACUUUGUUACAUAGAGGUGCAUUGUACUCUAUUAUGAAAUAUAUAGAGUAAACAAAUGUUUGUUUACUCCAGUUUUAAUUUACCUAGGCUUUAAAAAAUCUGCUUACCCAUCUUUCCUCUAGUGUUAUAAUCAUUAUUGCAAGCAGUGUAAUGUUAUUUUAACUAAAAUCAGUUUAGCCAUGAAGAUAUUUAAGAGCCAUCAUAACUCAUUGAAACAUGCACUGUUUUGUUUCAUUUCCAGCACAGUUAUAAUUUUUGUUAACAAAUUAUGUCACUCUACCAUUACAAAGGGUGACCAUAACCCAGAAUGCAUUCCUGUCCACCAAAUUCACCAUUGUGUUGUUAACUUUAGGAGCAGCAACUUGAAAACUUAUUUUUUGCUUAGUAACAUUUGAAUAUAAAAGCUGAGGUUGUAAUGAACAUCUUUUUCAGCCAUUUCCUCAGUUGAUGAUCAGUUAUCAUGUGAGGAGUAAGUUGGCAUACCUGUGACUGCAGCAGUAGGACAGGUGAUAAGACAAUUAUUAUUAUCGUGUUAUUAUAAUUAUCUGAUUAGAAGAGCAGUUAAUAUCAUGUCAGUAUUUCUGAAAAGACAUGCAUCAAAGUUGAUACAUUUGGAAGCACUAUAUCAUCAGUCAUUGCUUCACAGGUCUCAUACCCCCUACUGAGCCCCUCCCCACAAGGAUACAGUGGAACUUCUCCUUUGGGACACCCCUAUCCAAGGGACUCCUCCAUUCAAGAGACACAAAAGGGGCACAUUUUCUGGGUCCCAAAAUCCAGUUUUAUCUUCUAUUCAGGGGACACCUUAGCUCUUAAAAGGUACAUGGUAUGUAACUGACCACAAAAAGGGUUGAUAAGUGUACACUAAUCAAAAUGAUAACAACAAUUGUGUCAUCUCACUUAAAUCAAUGCACUGCACUUGUAGGAAUUAAACACACAAUAUUGCAGUAAUAAUCAUGAUUUUUCUGUACAUUAUGCAGCUGCUUGAAAUGAUGACUGCAGCAGAUUCCAUGGCAGAAUAAAAAAAAAAUGGCUGGUUUUUCAGCCCAACCUGUAUUCAGGGGACUCUUACCUCAGUCCUGAAGUUGUUCCCUGAAUAGAGUUUCCACUGUAUCAUUAAUCUUUUUGGUCAUGACUGAGCCCAGUACUUUCUUGAUCUUGAGGUAAUAGUCAGAUGAUCCCCUGGGCCGAGUUGUUCGAAGCUGGAUUAAGAUAACCCAGGGUUAGUGCGAGAUUUGAAUUCAGAUUUGACUGCUUAAAAAGCAUUUCAGUUUUAAUUCUUUUAGUCUACAAGUUGAUGAUUGAAAGCUCUAAAAAUAACAGAGAAAAUUAUUCGAGAAAAUACUUUUGAACACAAGACAAAGAAACCAGGGUUAAAUUUAACCCCGAGUUAAGCGCUAAUCCGCCUUCGAACAACUGGGCCCAGUAGUCUAAGAGAGGGUGGUUUACUCUGUAAUGAAUGCAUUAACUUAAUGUGAGGCACUUGUCUUUUAUCCUGUAGUCCCUUUGUAUUAUAAUACAGAAUUAUGACAGAUCUGAUUGAUUUUUCUAGGUGUUGGCCACUCUACGUAACAUUUUUUGGAUGUUACACGUGUGUGUAGGCAAUGGCAUCUACGUCAAAGCAUUCUCAAGAGCAUGAACUGGCUGUUGGCUUCAACAAAGUGCAGGUCACCAGUUUGGCUUCAGAAUGGGGGUCAAGCAAAGGAGGGCUCUCCACCAUAAGCAGAGAAUUAGCCAUACAGCUGGCAAAGUUACCUGAGGUGGAAAUCACCGUCUUUUUACCAAGAUGUAGUGAAGAGGAUAAAAACCAAGCCCUUUUGAGCAAUGUUAAGAUUGUUGAGGCGAAAGAACAUCCUGGCCUCGAUGAACUGGACUGGCUCAGCUUUCCCCCAGACGAUUUGCAAAUUGACGUAAUUGUUGGUCAUGGGAUGAAACUUGGUCAUCAGGCACAAGUCAUUAAAAACUCGAAAAAAUGUAGGUGGGUUCAAGUGGUACACACUGAUCCAGAGGAAUUGGGGAUGUUCAAAUCAUAUAGGAACCCGAUUUCUAAGGGCGAAGGAAAGCACAGGAUUGAAGUGAAGCUUUGUGAAAAGGCAGAUCUUGUUGUGGGGGUUGGACCCAAAUUGAGCGAGGCGUUCAGAUCAUAUCUUCGAAGCUCUCAAAAAGAUCAAAACGUUGUUAAUUUUACCCCGGGUGUUUUUGAUGAAUUUUCCAGUGUAGAACAAAGUCCUGAAGAGAGAAAACAGUGCAGCAUCCUGGUGUUUGGCCGUGGAGACGAUGAAGACUUCGAAUUAAAAGGAUUUGAUAUCGCUGCAAGAGCUUGUUCUUCGCUGCCCGAUUUUCGUCUUGUGUUUGUUGGGGCACCAGAUGGGAAGCAUGAGGAAAUAGCGAAAAAAUUGACGGGAUGUGGUGUUCCUGCUAAAAGUUUGAGAGUGAGAAGUUUUGUGGACAGCCGGGAGGAAUUAAAACGCUUGUUUCUUGAAGUUGACCUUGUACUUAUGCCUUCAAGAACAGAGGGAUUUGGGUUGACAGGACUUGAGGCCCUAUCAGCUGGUCUCCCUGUGCUUGUGAGUAGCAACUCGGGGUUUGGUGAAGCACUGAACAAGGUACCAUUUGGCUCAUCAUUUGUGAUUGAUUCAGAGGAUCCUGAAGUGUGGGCUGCAGCUAUUAAAAAGGUAUGGGGCAAAGACAGAGAGGGGCGUCUGGAGGAGGCUGAAAUGCUGCACACUUCCUACGAGAGGAAAUACAGUUGGGCCAACCAGACCAGAGACCUUCUGAACAGGAUGAUCAUCUUGCUUCGUGGUAUGAAAUUUAGUUUUGUUGUUUUAGUGUUAUUAUGUGUACCUUUAUUGUUCCAGCUGCACGCAAUCGUAGAGACUGGCUUAGAUGACAAUUUAUCCUUGAAAAUAACUUUCGGCGUGCGCUGCUGUAAACUCGUAAAGAUAUGAAUUCAAGCCUCCUCAGUAUGGCCACUACCUGGACAGACCCAACUGUUCUUAUUACAGACGUGUUCUUUCUGUUGCUGAAGACCUUGCAAGUCGUUUGGCGUCUCUCAGGGGCCCUAAUCGACGGUUUCCUCCUAAAAAACACUUUUUAGGCUAUCCAGAGUACUGUUAGAUCUCUAGAAAUGCAUUCUUAGCGCCGCUAUUAAAUUUGUCUCUAAUCGGUCAUCCUAGGGCAACUUGAGUCUUUUCGAAAUACUAGGACUUCGGUAUUAUUUUCCCGAAAAUCUUAGAUGCAAUUUAAUGUCCAUCACAUAUUUCAAUCCGAAAAUUUUAGGUUUUUUUUAUUCGACCGAAAUUAGCCUAACAUGGGGAGUAAACUGUGAAAAAUAAAACUUCAGAAGAUCUUAGGGAGUUUAUUACAUAAGCCUCAAAAAUUGUACAUGAUUGGAACGGUAAUCUAGAAAUUUUUAGCCGUCCCUAAGAAAUAGAAUAUUCUGGGCAAUAUUUGCUUCUCCGAACAGAUAUUUUACAGAAAAUUGUCGUUGGGUGCCCCUGAUCUCUGGAAUCUCGAAAACUGUCCGUAAUAGAGAGGUGUUCGUAGAGGGGGAUUCGACUGUAUUACCAUACGAACUUUUCCAGAUAUAAGUAAUUCUACCGCUUUACUAAAGUCAAAACAAUUGUUUACUCUCUUUGUUUUUCUCAACAGGUAACUUAGAUAUAAACAACAGUCUGCAAGAACGAUUUGCAGACGCGAACCGUCGGGAGAUUUAUUUACAUGACGCGCGGAGUAUUCUGGAGGAAAAUCCUAAAUCGCCGAAGCUGUAUGGCCAACAAAAAGUGCAAGAAGGUUUAUCAAAUGUGGAAGCCGAGACACAAAGCUUUGCCUUCCGUCAAAUAAGUUAUGGUAAUGAGAAAGCUGCGCUGUUUGUACUUUUUCGUGGAUGGAGUUUAACGGAGCAGGAAGAUAUCAAAACCGUUAUCUAACUGAGAUAGCUUUGCUAAUCAGUUCUAGUAUUUGUAAAGCUACAACAGCUCCCUCUUGUUAUCUAACCUAGACUAGCUGUAAUCCUUCUUACUGCUUUUUACCAGUUGUCCCGCUAUGAAGUCUCAAUAUUGUCAUGUUUCAGCGAGAAAGCAAUUUUUUGUACCUCAAUUUCAAACUUUUGUUUUUUGCCAUCUGGUUUUUUCGCAUUAUUUAUUACCUUAGUUUUAGGAAGAUCAAAACUCCUUUUUAGCCUUGGACGUUUGUCACACAUAUUAGAAAAGUCUUUUGUUUAGCUUCAGCUUUUUUCUUUAUGUAGAGAUUGCCAACUGUGGAAGAGACAUCGCCUUCUUUUCCGAGCGUCUCCAUAAGGAUACAAGGCAGUGGCUGUUUGAAGAUUUUAACACAUGGUUUAGUAACCCUGGCGACUCUAGAGCCUACGUUCUACUGGGAGAUGCAGGGGUUGGCAAGAGUGUGAUCGCAGGAGCUUUGGCACAACAAAUGAUAAAAACGAGACAGUUAGGGGCUGCUUACUUUUGCCGUCAUAAUGAUGGCACAAGAAAUGAUCCAAGGAAUCUUCUUGGGACUAUAGCCUGUCAACUCUGUGAUUGUAAUUGUGAGUACAGUAGUAGAAUGGGAGGGGAGGAUGGUGUAAAAAUUUUUUUAGCCAAUUCUAAUUUAGGGGUACAGGAACUAUGUACGAAAUUACUUGAAGAGCCACUAAGUAAGUGCAGUUCAUUUCAGCGCAAAUUAGUCGUUAUUGACGCUCUAGACGAAACAGAGUACAAGUCCAGGAAAGAUUUUAUUUGUCUUAUAAAAGAGCGUUUUCCUCGGCUUCCUGAAUGGCUUGUGUUCUUUAUCACCAGUCGCCCUGAAGACAUGUUACAAAGCAGAUUAGAGAAGUACAACCCGUGUGUUAGGAUUUGCGCGGGAAACAGUGAACAGCGCAACUUCUAUCAGCGGCAUGAACAGGACAUUCAGCGAUAUUUAGAAAAAACUGUAAACUUCUCCGGCCUCCCUUACUCGGUGAAAGACGUCGUAGAGAAGUGUAGCGGAUUGUUCUUAUACGCUUUCUUCGUGGCAAAAGAACUAAACAGCGCGUUACAUUCAGGUAAGGUUGAUCAAGUAGGCGACUCAUUUCCGGGGGACAUCGAAGACUUCUUUGAAAAGAACUUAAAGCGUGUUUACGUUAAAGUCGGAGCAGAUCUGUAUCGCAAGUUAUUGGGCUCCAUUAUAGCUGCACCAUCACCGCUUCCUGUAUCGUUUAUUUCGUUUAUUCUUGGCAGAGAGAACUCAAGUCUUAAUGAGCAAAAGGUAAUUGAUGCUGUCUCCCUAUUUGUGGGGAUACAAAAAACGAUUUCAUUUCUUCAUAAUCUGAUUCCAGCUUGGUUAACAAACAAGAAGAAAGCUCAAGAGUUGUAUAUUGACGAAAAAAGGGCAGGUGAGUUUCUUGCUGAAAUUGUUAAGGAAGUUCUGUGUGCUUUUGUUGGCGAUCCGGGAAUGAAGUUGAAGUUUAUUGAGAGAGAUUUGCAAAGCUGUAUUGUUCACUUUGGCAUUCGAUUAUUGUGUCAACAUGGAGAAGAGGAUUCUUUGGAGCUUGUUUUGCGUUGCUUAACAAGUUAUCAUUUCUUGGAGGGAAAGAUUCGUAGUGGGAGAUUUGGAAUUUACCAUCUACUUAAAGAUUUUCAGUAUGCAGCCAGCUGCCUUGCUGUUGAGGAGAAAGAGAAACAGAAUAUCUUGCAGGAGACUUACUCAGCUCUAGAAAGUGAUGUUCAUGUUCUCGUAGAAAGUCCUCAGCUUCUGCGGUCAUGUAUACUAAACGCCUCAGAUGUUGUCCAAGAAAACGUUUUGGUUCCUCAGGUGUCGUCGCCUUGCUUUGAGUGGAAUAUUUUAGAAUUUUCUCCUGGUGAAAUUCUUUCUAGAUGCAACUGUUUUGCCACAGCUUCUGAUAAGCAGACUGUGGUUGGUGCAGACGGUCGCUUGCUCUUCUUUUUCAGUGCAUCCAUGCUUCAAAUAGUAAGCGGACCUUUUGAAUUAAGCGAAGAUACAAUUUCAAAAAUCACCCAUUUGGAGUUUUCUUCGGACGGCAAGUUUAUAUUUUUCGGACGGCUCGACAAGUGGUUCUCGAUUGAUGGAAGAUGUGUGGAGGACAUACCACAGUUCGCAGGAAAUGAUAUCCAUUAUCAGUGGGGUUUAGUCACUACUGACAGACAUUACAUCGCUGCAAACACGCACUUUCCUGCAAUGCGUGAACGCGGGUGUUGUCUAACAGAGUUGGUUGCUUUGUGGGCUGGAAAGGAGAUUGAGAACAGCCGAAAAGAAGAAUGGACUUGCUCUUUUGAUGAGUUAUCAAAUAGGAUAGCUGGAAUUGGUAUCAUGGGUAGGCAUGCGAGACACUUAAUGAAAUGUCUUGGUGUUGACCCCCGUUUUUAUAAAAAUCAUGUGAUGUUCGUACCAGAUGAUCCUUCUUGUGACUUUUGUUGCAGGUUAAAGAAAUUAGCAGAAUCAUCCAAAGAAUUAUGCCUUGAAGCCGUGCGUCAGCUUAUUAUUGAUCUUUACCCUCGACUCUUCCAAUAUCAGAUUUGGAAUCUUCAGUCUGGACAACCCCUGCUGCGCGACGUUUUUGACCAGGAUGCCCAGUUAAACCCCUUCGCAUAUUUUUGUCACGUAACUGUUGCUUAUGAUCUGCUGGGAAAAGGAAUUGAGUGUUCCGGGGUUGUUAAAGCUAUUUCAGUCUGUAACAUUGCUGUUGUCACUGCUGUUUACUUCUUGCUUCAACUGGAACGUGAACGUUGUGUUAAUGGCCGGUUGUUAGAGAUAGUGACGCUCGCGUUGAAUGGAACGCUUUUUGCUGAAUUGCCGACAGGUGGUGGUCGUGGUGUCGAACGUGGUGUCGAGCAAUUCUGUAAUUCAUUCAAGUCUGACUUUUUUAUGCACUUUCCUGAAGGUUUUCUAAAUCUCUCAAGAAAUGAGUUUUCUCGCUGCAUUUCACCAGGAAAAAACUGGUUCGUUAACCUCUCAGUGAAUGGUCGUUUGGAGCUAACGAGAAUAAAAAAAAAGAAUCGUAGGAAAAUUAAGUCCACCAAGGACGAGCAUAAGAUCACCGAAAUAUCCCAUUUUACUUUUACAAAUGAUGAUCGCCUUGUUGUGUACUCUUCUAUUAAAAACUCGCUUCAUGCUGUGUGUCUUCAAACAGGCAAAGUUUUCACAAGUGUGUCAGGAUGUAACUUUGGACUGUUCAAAAGAGGAAAGGAACGUGGUUACUUGUUUCGUAGCAGUGGUGAAGAAAGAGUCGUCUUUUUGAAAAAUCUAUGUAGUCCUUUCAAAUUUUUUCGGUUUUGUGCACAGAAGUUUGACUCAAUGAUGUUUAGCUCAACGAUGUUCAGUUCAAGCCAUACUGUGACGUGUAUUAGUCCUGCCUCAGUCGUCUCGUUGUGGAAUUUUAAGGAUCAUGAUGACUUCAUGUUUUUCAAGAUCAUAACCUCUUUCCCUUUGUCAGAUUCUCCUGGCACGCUGGCUUCCCCACCAAAAUAUGUCUUUUCGCCAAAUGGAAAACUUAUUGCUUUACAGCAGAAAGACAAAAUAACGCUACACUGUGUGGAAGAAUCUCAAAGGUAUUAUUGUACAGUUUUUGAAGGUAACUUUGGUGACGUGGAUAUGUGUUUGCAGUUUUCUGCUGAUAGUAGUUUACUUUUUGUUUGUAUUCAGGACAGCUUAAAGGGCCCACAUUUCUAUGUGUGGGAUAUUAGAAAAAAAGCAAUGUCACACUCAUUUGAAUCACCAGGACUACUGCUUACUUUAGACUGUUUUUGCAUUUCAUCUGAUGUGAGUUACCUAAUAUUGUGCGGUGGUUAUAACGAAAUUGAGGUCUGUGAGUUCAAGAACUUAAAGGAUUCCUUUAGUUUGUUGCAAAGCGUGGGAGUCGAGAAGUUUUACAACUCAGUCAAGUUCAGUCUGUGCAUCGUUUCACAGGACAACGAACUGCUAGUUUGCUGCAUCGCGAACCUUAUAUAUGUUUACAAACUCACUGUGGGUAAUAUCUAUUCGUCUAGGAAAAUUCUGCGUGGGCAUCUCGGCAAAAUUGAAUUCUGUAGGUUUUUAAAAGGAAAUCUGUUUCUUAUUUCCUAUAGUGUUGAUGGAGUGGUAUUCCUUUGGAAUAUUACUGAGUCAAAAGCCAUUGGAUUUGCAAAAAUUGCACAUGGAGAGGAAAAGAUCGUCUCCAUGGCCGUGUCGCCUGAAGAGGACAGAGCUGUUUGUUUUUUAUCCUCGGGUCGAGUAUGCGAAAUAACUCUCUGCAAACUGGAGUGUACUUUGUCUUCAAAAUUGCUGACGGCAUUGACGGAAGGCAAAUUAGAUGCACCUGAAACAAAAACACAGCUGGCAAAGCACAUGCCUUCAACUUCCAACAUUCCAACCUCGUCUCUCGAAGACUACAAGCCCGAACCUUCGAGGAAUUUUGACUUGGAAGAAGAUUUCUACAUACCGGAAGACUAUUUCUUUGAAUCUGACGAGUCUGACUGACCUAGUGGCACCCCUGCACCGGUUAUCAGCCGCAUCACGCGAGUUGGCCCAUGUCAACACAGAAGCUAGCAACUUAGUAGUUGCUGGCAUUAUCGGAAUUGAAUAAGACUUAUUUUGGAGGUUAUUAUUAUUGUUAUGUUUUAAAGAAUGCAUUUUUUUUCUGUUUGUAGUUCUUAUGUUAAAUUUUUUUAUUCAAUGAUAUUGAACAAUGUUGCUUUAACUCAAACUCAGUUUAUAGCUUUAGAGGUCAACAUCGGAGUGAUUACGACACGCCUUCCUUGACCAUGUAUCAGUGAGCGAAAUGCUUUACUCUCCAGUGAUUAUUAAAAAUAAGCGUCGGCAAAAUCUCCCUUGGACUUGAGCUCGGGUUUCGUUUGUUAUUGUAACCGUAAUCAAUUGAUAACGCGCGCAUAUCUCUUGGGUCCGAGGCUCUUGACAGUGAUACUUAAAAAGUUGAAAAAUGUUAGAACAGAAGUAGAAAUGGCUAAGCCUCUUAGUUGAUUCUUAUUACUCUUACGUUUUUUUUUUUUAUUUAAACAGAAAAAAUAGCUGAAUUAAAAUAAGUAAUUAGUGGCUGAUCCUGAAAACGAUUUCGAGAAUUGUGCAGAUCAUGCGGAUCGGGGACCAAGGCCGGCUAACAUCCUCCGAGAUCUGCAUAAUUCUUUAGGUCACACGAAAGCCGAAUCCAGUAGGCCUUUUUCAAAAAUACCACAAUACUCCUUAUUGUCCCUCGAAAAUUUUGUAUAAGCGUUCUUUUCAAGUUCUUUUGGGAGUUAAAAUGGCUCCAAGAGAACUUGAAGACAAUGCUUAUGUCAAAUGUUGGAGAGAAGACAAAGAGUAUUAUGGUAUUUUUGAAAUAGGCCUACAACUUUUGUUAUGAUUCGAUGCAAAUUUUUCUUCCUUUCCUUUGGCCGAGAGCCCACCAAACGUGGCCUGCACAUAACUACUUACAAAUAUUGGUCUGCUCAUGCGCAAUGCCGUCCAACUGUGUUUGGCUGCAAACAAUAUACUGCUCAUGCGUAAAUGAAACCACACAUUCUCUUUCUUGCAGAUCGCGUCGCAAAUAAUCAAAAAACAAACUCGGUGAUCUAAUGAUAAAAAAAUUAUUGAACUCGGUUAUCGCAAAAUAUUGUGAUUUGUCAGUGUCUCGUAGAUCAAUUAUUUGCCGAAGCCGAAGGCUUAGGGAUCCUUAGGCAAAUAAUUCAUCUGCUUGUCACCGACAAAUCACGAUAUUUUGCUCAACCUCGUCCAAUAAUUGUUAAUUAUCAUUCGUUCAAAAUAAUUCUUACUUUAAACCAUACUUACCUCCAUCAAUAUUAAGUUCCCAAUCUGUACUUGUCAACUGCCAUUUGAAGAAUAUCUGCAAGACUGAACAUCCUUUUGUAUCCUGAAUUUUCGGCAAAUUCGGGAUAUAAAGGGAUUUUUAGUUUGACAGUCUUAGUCUCUUCAAAUAGCAGUUGUCAUUCUUUGGGUAGUAUUUUUGGUGUUCUUGCUAUGUUUUUAGGCAGAAGUUCGGCUAGUUCUUUACUGGAAGUGUGAAAUUGUUGCUCCAUUUUCUGCCAAAACAACUGAGCUAACGCAACCUUUUCCCCAGGGUUAUCUGUUGCCGUCCCUUUUUCUACAGUAAAUGGAAAAACUCCGUUUUGAAUCCUUCGAAGACUUUUCUUGCCUUAAAAGAAGUCAACCCCAGGAUUUUGUCGACUUUUAAAAGGUCAUUCUCUAAAAAAAUGGGAAAAACACCGAGCUCACACAUUAUCAACUCGCUAGUAGGUGAAUAUUGUUGAAUAGUCCGAGAUAGCGAACCAAUCAGAUUGCGUAAAUCACCAAGACCACUGAGUGCGUGUCUACUAAUUUGAUUUGUACCACUGAGAAACGUUGACUAACUGCUCAAAAAUUGUGUUAAAAGGAUAGGUUUUAAGAGAAUACGUCUGAAUGCGUUUGUUUAUGGCCUACUCUUCCUUUCCUGUCUUAAAAUUGGGUAUAUCUCAGUGAUUGGCUCAAUGUAUUAUACGUGGUAAAGUGUUACAGUAAAAUAAAGUUUUUGUAAGAUAUUGACAGUACUAUUUAUGCAUUAGACUAAAAAGUUACUGUACGACAUUGUAUAUUAUGUCUGUAGUAUUUUUUACAAAUUCAUAUACUGGGAAUACUGUCUUUUGUAUCUUUUUUUGUGAAUUGUUGUAAAUAUAUUUGAAAUCAGCUAAUAUCUGUAAUUUUUUUAGUUGUACACUUCCUGAACAGUAGCUGCUAGCUAAUUGGAUACGAAGGAGUAGAAAGUGAAGCAAGGUUUCCACAGAUCGCUGUCAUCGAGAAUAUCUCUGUAAAAAAUUUCAGCAAUCUGCAAGAUCGUAGUGACUAUAUGGAAAUAUGUAUGCUUCACUCAAACUAUAAC